GCACUGGUUGCAGUGAUGGCGACUCCGCGACGUGUUUUGCAUCUUACGGUGUGGCGCCGUGGACUCCACUCUGAAGCUCGUCGUCUGGCUACGUUCCACAAUUUUGGGCCGUCUUUCGUGAGUCCGUCGCUCCUUGCCAAAGCGGGAUUUCACCACAUUAACGCCAAUGUAAUUAAGUGCGCUUUUUGUAAUAUUGAGCUCUUUCGCCUAGAGAGAGGCGUGGACAUUACCGUUCAACAUAUGAAGUGGUCGCCAUUUUGUGAAUUUGUGAGAGGCCUACCUGUUGGCAAUAUACCAAUUCUGGGAAGUUCUCUGAAGGCGUCUGAUUGUGGGCCCGGUUUUCGCUGGGCUGACGAUGUUCCGCCGGUAGAGUCGAUGCGCGCUCUCGGAAUUGUUGAACAAGUGCACCCGCUGUAUCCAAAAUAUAUCCUUUUCGAGUCGAGAGUGAAGACAUUUUACACGUGGCCGGUGGGGCUAGCAUUGAAGCCGAAUGAUUUGGCAAGAGCGGGAUUUUUCUAUACCGGAUGUUCGGAUGCUUUAAUGUGCCAUCAUUGUGGGGGGAAGCUGCAAAAACUUCAUGCUAAAAUUACUGUGUGUGAUCUGUGGAAAAUGCAUGCUAAAAGUGUUCCGACUUGUGAAUUUGUAAUUGUGCACAAGGGAAUUUUGUUUGUGAAUGCCGCCUCGGAGUGGUCUGAGGCGUGUAUUGAGGAGAGGGGAGAUGAGCCCGCCCCGGCCUCCCCUCCCGCCUCGCCGGAGAGAGUGAUAAAGUGUAAAAUUUGUCUUGAUCUUCCCUGUCAAUCCGCGCUGAUUCCGUGCGGCCAUAUGUGUACCUGCUUUGUAUGUUAUAACUCUGUGAGAAAUUGUCCUGUCUGCCGCGCGGAUAUAGUUGCCAGUGUGCGCAUACAUGUACCAUAA